AUGUCGAACCGCGGACAUGCUCGUUCCUUCGUGCUGGCCCCAAAAAGUUGCUCACUUGCGAGAGCACUACAACCCCAUGGAAACGGUGUUUCCUGCGGUCCCCCAUUUGGCUCGUGCAACUGCCAAGACCCGUGUCGUUUCGACAGCUGCCGCAACACCCUCAUGAACAUGCACUGCAACAUCAACUGUUGCCCGUACGAGGGCAUGUGCGGCAAUGGCAUUCAGGAGUCUAACAAGGUGUACUUGGCUCGCAAUCUACGGACGGCUUCGUUAAGAGUGGCUGCGGUUGAAGGCAUCGAAGCGGGAGAAGUGGUCGGCCAGUAUCUUGGCGAACUGGAACACCUCAGCAUGAACAAAAGCUGCCCGCGGAAUACAGGCUAUUGCUUGGUAAUGAGGCAGCGCCUGGAGCGCCCUGAAGAUCCCGUCCGAGUGGCCAUCAACGCGGAACGAAUGGUAGGGCUCAUGAGAUGUGUAAAUCACUCAUGCGAGCCGGUCGCCAAGUUCGUCGAGAUCGUGAAUGGAAGGCGAACCACGGUGGUUGUGGUCACAACGGAGCGAGUUCGCUGA